CGAUUUUACACUGAAGGAAACUCUGCUAACGUGGGACGGUAACCUAUGACAUGUGGGAUAUUCUAUUACAAUAAGGCUGGGUUUUGUACUCGUCCAAGAUGGCGGAGAUCGGUCCUGUUUUGCCUCCGGGAUUCAGAAAAUCUGCAGACGACAGCGAUGAAGAGGGCGGGAGAGAACGCACGGACAGACAGACGGACGGGAAAGGGCGCACGGACAGACAGACGGACGUGUUCGGGCCCGCCAUGCCGCCAGGUUUCCAACGGUCUUCGCCAAAGCCCCAUCAGUCGAAUGCUGUGAUUGGUCCAGCCCUCCCUCCAGGGUUUGCCAGUCACCAGGGCAGCAGUGAUGAUGAUGAUGAUGAUGAUGACAGGGCAGGUCAGAGGUCAGAGGACAGGCAGGAGUUCUGUGGCCCCGCCCUCCCACCAGGUUUCAAGAGGAGCUCCUCCCCAGAGCCGUGCCCGUCGCGGUCUGUGAUUGGUCCAGCCCUGCCGCCUGGGUUCAGCAGGUCAGAGGGCGAUGACCUGCAGGCCGCUGCUGCAAUGCCUGCUGGGUAUGAUGAUGAUGAUGAUGAUGAUGAUGAUGCGAUGAUUGGCCCGAUGCUGCCCCCAUCAGGAGAGGAGGAUGCUGGGAUAUCUGUGGCGGAACAGUUUGAGAAGAGAGCUCAGGCCAUGAAGGACAAACUGGAGGGCAAGAACCAGGGUCCUGUUGCUAAGGAACGAGAAGAGUGGAUGCUGGAGUUGCCCCCGGAGAUGAAGAGUUUUGGACUCGGACCGAGAACGUUCCGGCGGACGGCUGCUCCAGAGAUGGGAGACCGGUCCGUGUGGACAGACACACCGGCCGAUAAGGCCAGGAAGGCAGCGAAAGGGAAAGACGACACCAAACAGAAGCCGGUGAAACCGUCGGACCUCGCGGCCGCGGAGAGGGAUAUCAGGUUACGGGAUCAAGUCGCUACCUACAAUGAGAAGAAGCGAAGUUCAUCCCUGUUAGAUCAGCACCAGAAGGCCCGGAAACGCAAGGCUGAGGAGGCCGGAGACGAGCCCAAGGAGAGACGACCUUUUGACCGCGACCUUGACCUCGGCGCAGGUCAACUGGACGCUGCCAAAAGACGACAACUCAUCAAAAACUCACGUCAACUCAACGACAGGUUCUCCAGCGGUGGACAGCAGUUCCUCUAGUGACUGGACACGGUACUGCAGUCCCUCUAGUGGCUGGACAUGGAACUGCAGUAUUCUGAAGGGUAGAUCCUGUAUUGGCUUGACAUGGAACUGCAGUCCCUCUAGUGGCUGGACAUGGAACUGCAGUUUUCGGGGGGGGCGACAGUUCCUUUAGCUGUUUGACAUGGUACUGCAGUUACUGGCAUGGUACUUCCUUCUAACUAAACUGGUUAAAGCAUUCUCUUCCCACUGCCACCCUUUCACUGAAGCCACAGGAACUUCCCACUCUAUUUUCUAUAUCUACACUUGUAUAUUCUGUACAGACAGUGCUUAAUCUCUUUGUAUUGUUGUUGAAGUGACAUUUUGUACUUGUUCUCGA